GGCUAUUUUAAGAUUUUGGUAUAUUUUAGUAUAUUGUAGGGUCUGUCUUAAAUGUGUCACGAAUCGUGUUCGUAAGGAAGUUGCGUUUUGUAUGUGUAAUACAUAUAUACAAUAUAUGUAUAUAAAGUGAUUUUUUUCGAUGUAUUUGAUUAAUGUACUUUAGAAAUUGUCAUCCUAAUUAGAAAAUACUUACACUUACAUAUAUACUUUUAGCAGGUGUGAUUGGUAUAUGUAGCAAAUGUACACAUAUGUAUAUUUACUUACAUAUAAAUAUGUAUGUAAAUAUAUACCUUUUAAAUUCAACUUUUUGUGCAAAUUUGUGCAAUUUAGUGCAGAAUAAAAAAAGGUAACGGAACACGCAAUUUUAUAUGACCUGUCGGAUGUAUGUACAUUUAAUGCCACAAAUUAAAAAUAACGAUAUUUUUUCGUGUGUUUGUGUAUAAUAACAUAUACAUACAUAUAUUUUAUCCAGCCAGAGAUAAUUAUACAUAUGUAUAUACUUUUUAUAAGAACCGGAACGACAAUAUAAAAGCGGUUGAUAAGGAAAAAAAAUAUUUUAAAAGUUUAAAAAAUUUAAAACUACAAUGAAUUAUAACAUCGAACAAAAUACUUAAAUUGUUAAGAAGUAAAACAAACCUUAAAAAAACCUAAAAAAGGUUUUAAUACUGAUAAAAUUGGAAAUUGAAAUUUUUGAAUAUCCGAAAUCAACUGAAGAAAGCAACCAACUUUAUUAAAAAGUACCUUAAAUAAUAAGAUUGCUAUCAAUGUUUUGCGUGUCUGGCCCAAUAUGGUUGGUUCUAAUAAUAAAAACAAUACCAUUCAAUUGUCUGGAAUGAACUCAAUUCACACUGGCUUACAUUCAGGAGAAAAUACAUUGAAGGAUAUUUCCUCAAAAAAUUUAACAAUUUUUAAAGUUCCUCAAAAAUCCAAAACGAUACCAUAUUUCAAAGUUCAAAUGCUUCAACAAAGUCAGAGCCUUCAUCAAACUAAUUCUCAUAAUUCGAAUCUUGAGCAAUACGAUGAUAUUGCGGUGCCACAAUUAAGUAGUAGCUGUGGAUCAUCGACUAUGUUUCAUAAACGGAAAGAUUUUCCAGCUCAGUCAAAUACAAAACUUAUUAAUUUUGCUGAAAAUAUUCCAAAUUUGCAACGAAAUUCAACUACCGAUAAUUGUGAACUCUCGGAGUCGAUUCAAGCUCAUUCCUUGCCUAUGGCAGCAGUCAUUUCGACAAAAUCUGAUUCUGCCACCAGACGAAAUUUAGGGGAGGAAUGUUUAAGCACUAUUUCUGGAAACUGUAAUCCAAUUGAAGAAACACAAUACAAGUCGCCGAUUUUGUUGAAAGAUAAUCUAUUAGUUCAAAAGGACUGUUUUUCAUUUCACCAGCAGAUUAUUAUGUCUGGACAACAGAAAAUCGCUUUACAAGAAAAACCAAAAGUUCUGGUUGUUUCUCCCCAACAGGUUAUGAUUUUGUACAUGCAUAAACUGACUCCCUACGAGCGUACAGAAAUACUCGCAUUUCCUCAAAUAUAUUUUAUUGGUGCUAAUGCAAAGAAGCGCCCAGGAGUCUACGGACCAAAUAACUCAGAUUACGAUAAUGAGCACGGUGCAUAUAUCCAUGUACCACAUGACCACGUUGCGUAUCGUUAUGAAAUGCUUAAAAUUAUCGGUAAAGGCAGUUUUGGUCAGGUCAUCAAAGCCUAUGAUCAUAAGACCCAUGAGCAUGUGGCGUUAAAAAUAGUUCGGAAUGAAAAGCGUUUUCAUCGCCAAGCUCAAGAAGAAAUAAGAAUUCUUCAUCAUUUGCGUCGACAUGAUAAAUAUAAUACGAUGAAUAUAAUACAUAUGUUUGACUACUUUACAUUUCGUAAUCAUACUUGCAUAACAUUUGAGCUACUUAGCAUUAAUCUUUAUGAAUUAAUAAAAAAAAAUGGAUUUAAGGGCUUCAGCUUGCAAUUAGUAAGAAAAUUUGCGCAUUCGCUUCUUCAAUGCUUGGAUGCACUUUAUAAAAAUGACAUUAUACAUUGUGAUAUGAAGCCAGAAAAUGUUCUCUUAAAACAACAAGGCCGCUCUGGUAUUAAGGUUAUAGACUUUGGCUCGUCGUGCUUCGAAAAUCAACGCAUAUACACAUAUAUUCAAUCGAGAUUUUAUCGUGCACCAGAGGUUAUAUUGGGAGCCAAAUAUGGCAGAGCUAUUGAUAUGUGGUCUCUGGGUUGUAUUCUGGCUGAGCUUCUAUCCGGACAUGCCUUGUUUCCAGGUGAAAAUGAAAGUGACCAACUAGCCUGUAUUAUUGAAGUAUUGGGCAUGCCAAAUAAGAAUAUAUUAGCAAACUCAAAAAGAUCGAAAUCUUUCUUUAGUCCCAAAGGCUAUCCACGUUAUUGUACUGUCCGCACAAUGUCUGAUGGAAUGGUAGUGCUAAUUGGUGGACAAUCACGUCGUGGUAAACCUCGAGGCCCUCCUUGCUCUAAAAGUCUGUCAAAAGCGCUCGACGGUUGCAAAGAUCCUCUAUUUCUGAAUUUUAUACGUGGGUGUUUGGAAUGGGAUGCUGAAAAACGACUGACACCAUCUGAGGCGUUAAAACAUCCAUGGCUUCGACGUCGCUUACCUAGACCUCCAAGCGUCGGUUGUAAUGUUAGCGGUGACCAAUCACCGAAAGGAUUAAGAAUAAAAGCAAUAAAUGACGUAGCUACAUCCUCAACCUCGCUUACAUCCGUAUCUCUAACAAUGGAAAGAGGCAACAGUAAUUGCAGUGCUCGUUUUAAAAAUGAUAGUAUCACAGAUAUGGAUUUAAAACUGACUAGAAGCUGUAAAACUCACGAAGGAGCACUACCUGAGAUAGAUCCGUUGAGCACUACCGAACUUUUAAUAGAAAGUUUAAGAAAAACCGCUGUGGUUUCGCCACGCUUGUCUUCAACGCAUUCGUCGGAGCCAGAGGAUCUUACUUCUGUUGGAUGUAACAUGGGGCCAUCGAGAUUUUAUCCAGCUUCAUUGUCCUAUUUACCCCACAUUAAUAAUAAUGGGACUGACAGAUCAUCUGUUUCAUUAGAAACAUCGGUCAAUUCGAUAAUACAACUUGAAAAAGGAAAACAUUUCAAUGAUCAAGGCGAUUACUCUUCAAACACCCCUAAUCUAAGUAACACAGAUGAGAGCUUUGCUUUUGCUUUAGAUUCCGUGACGAGAGAUCCUCCAACGUCAUUGCUAAAUUCAUCGAAAUCCAUAGAAAUUAUUGGGAGCUCAAGCGUAUCUUUUGAAUGCAAAUAAAUUAAAAGCACAGUCAAAUGAUAUGUAAAAAACUUUGACAAUAUGCAAUACUCUAAGACAUAGAGACAGUUGUUAUCUGAUUUAUUAACAACUCACUGCCAUACAAGUGAUUGUAUAAGUGGUUAAGUCUUAACCCUGAUUUGCAUUGUACUGGCAUUUGUUUGAAAUGAACUGUGGAUGUGCAGCAUAGAUCUCAAAAAUAAAAUUUAAGUGAUUCAUUUUAAAUAAACAGCGAAUAACCCUUCAUUAAGUAAAAUACACUAAAAAUGUUAAAAAAAAUUUUGUUUCGUGUUGCGAAUUUACACCAGUGUAAUAAAUAAAAUCUUUCAAUUGGA